CAUAACGCUGAUGAAAGCAUCAUGUGUGACCUUGCACAUGCCAUACAAGCACAAUAACGAUUCACUUUGACCUGGACCAUGCGAGAUAUCACUCGCUUGAUCAGUAUCAUUGGCCGUGCGUGUCUACGUAAUAAGAGGAAUUCCAGCCUCCGAGUUCCGUGUUCAGCACCGGUAUGCGUGCUAGCAAGCCAAGAAGUUUGAAGCCAUUUCCAAACAAUUUGCAGCCGCCGAACCUUGAAGUAGAAGUUCAGGGUGGUUUUUUGCAUUUUAUUGCCGCCGGCCAGCUUAUCUGUCAAGACCGAAGACGUUCACAGUUACACCGUCGUGCGAUGAGCUGAGAUCGCUGGAAUAAUAUGUAUGGGGGAACGAGCAGCCGAGGCUCCAUGAUGGAAGCUUCUGCAGCAACCAGAGGGCGGUGUUCAGGGAGGCAUCAUUAUUGAACAUCUCUCUCUACUCCACCCUGGUGAUGGGGUAUCUUCGCGAGCACACUAGCGGUAGACCAGGCAUUGUGGUCUUGACUGUACGUGUAGUGAAUCUAUUGCGCCGAAUGGGGAAAGCUGUAUUUCGCAAGCAAGCAUGCCGACUGGACUAUCGAAGGACCAAUCUGGCAGUGCCAAUGGUUGCCACCCAUGCGUGGAGCUGGGGCUGGGAGGGCGAGGGCGUGAUCCCUGACGGUGCACAGAUAUGUAUUAUUAUUAUUGGGCACUGGUGAUGAUGUCGGGUCGAUGUGCCAAGGACACCUGGUUGGGUUCAUGCCCGCACGGAAGCCGUCAAUAAUCUCCAUCUGAUGUAAUCAUUGUAAUUGUCAUGACGGUGAUGGUG